AUGGAGGUCAGCUGGCUGCCGAAGGAGAAGCGAGUUACAUGGCACCAGAAUACCUCCCAGCCGUAUUUAGACUUGCCUGCCGCACCCCAUGAGAAAGAUGCAAAAGACUCGUCGUCAUGCUCAGGGUACAGAGCCUGCCAUGCGGCGCCUCACAGGAAAGGACAGCAGCUGGUUGCUGCACUUGCUACAGUGUCAGCUGUCAUCUUCCUUGCCUACCUGUGCAGUUUGUCAAUUCGAGGGAGACUGUCCAAACGAUUAUUUGGGCGCAAACUCGCCGGAGGCGAGGAUGGCAAAGAAAACAAUGAGACAGAUCCGUGCGUCCCACACAGUGACACGGGCGUAGAGGCCUUUCCAGGUACCCCAGAGCAACCUAGCGAGGGUCGGAUCCCUAGCGCGCAUGGGCAGGCUCUUCCUGCUCCAUCUUGGAGUGGCGAGUCGGAAACUGCAUAUCGUAUUGCGCUGUCACUAAUGGGUGGUACAGCUGCUUCUGUCGAAGGCCUUUACCGUGCAGCAAGACCUCCUCUAGAACCAGCUGAAGAGAAGAGGGGUGAAAAGAGAAAGGAAAGCGAAACCGAUGGUGUAGGGCGUGGGGCCAAGGUACAGAAAUUGGAGGCACCGAUUCAUCACAGCCUUCUUGGACCAUCGGUACCCCAACUAGACCCUGAACUCGAUUCACUUAUUGAUUUCAUCUUAUCUGAAGGCGUUCCUGUGCUAGGGGAGGAUUCGUGGCUCCUUGAUGACGAUAUAGCCUAUAUGACACCAUCAAGAUUGGAAAGUGAAGAUACAACGCCUGCAGAAAUGUAUGUAGGCCAGCAGAGCCACGAUGCGCCUACGCGAACAUCCAAAAGGCCGCCUCCACUACUAUCUGGGAACCUGUCUACUCUGGAUAGCAGUGACUCGCGCGCCAUGAGUCCGUUGAGCGUUUUCGAGUCGGUGCUGUCGGAACCCAGCCAGAGCAGUGUGGGCCUCCGCCCAGAUGAUUGGUUGUUGAGUGGCGAUGCGGAGGUUGUGGACGAGGCAUUGGACCUGAUCGACUUAGGUACAAAACCUUCUAUGUUGUUAGGUAGUAGAGGGGACAGCCAGAAAGGGGAAGGAUCUCGCGCGAAAGCCGCUACCGAAGACCAAAUAUAUGGGGGGGCAGCUUCGAGCUCGAGAUCAAUCCGCGACUCUCUCAUGGAAGCAAUUCAGGAACCAGCAGAAAUAUUGCUUGGAAUACCUUCGGCCUCUACUGAUCCUGAGCCUGCAGGGGCAGCAGGCGUGUUAGAAUCACCCGUUCUUCGAAGCUUAUUGUCUUCUUCUUCUACUGGAAGCAUCCAGCCUUCAUCGCCGAAAGGCAGUGAAGAUUCCCUGCAGGAACCAGCAGAAAUGUCGCCUGGAAUGUCUUCGACGUCUAUUGAUCCGGAGCAGGGAGGAGCAGGAGGCGUUGUAGAAUCAUCUGCGCUUGGAGGCGUAUUGUCGUCAUCUUCUACUGGCAGCAUCCAGCCUUCAUCGUCGAAGCGUAGUGAAGCUUCCCUGCAGGUCCUAGCUUCGCAGGCUCAGGCUGCAGCCGACAACCUCGUUGCUUCACGUGGUUGGCUGAAAAAGAUGAUGAUGGGUGUCUCUGAGCAGCUUCUCAGAACGCAUCCGUUUUACCGUCUCCCUGAGGUAGAGCCAUUGCUUUCCGGGCGAAGGUUUAACAAUCUUAGAGAAGACGAAUACCGUCCUAAGGAUCAAAAGCUAAUCUGGUUGCUUUCGAAAUGCAGGAAAUUACUGACGAAGGAGCGGUUAACGACCAGCGAAUUAGAAGUUCUCCUGGAAAAAACAGAGCAACUGUACAGAUACGCAACAGGACCCAUGCCUACCUAUAAAAACACGAGACCUGCAGUUGAAAUUUUGGGGAGG